CGCCGAAGAAGGUAAACAAAUGGACGCGGCGACGCUUCGGGGACAAAACAUGAAACAUGUGAAGGAGCCGCGCGGCGUGGACACGUUUAGAUGCCAGGAAACAAGAGAGGAUACAGUGUUCGCUUCCCGCCGGGUCGCAUCAAAAAGAUCAUGCAGAAGAACGCUGAGGUGGGGAGGAUGGCCAUGGCGGUGCCUGUCAUCAUCUGUAUCCUUUUCACCACGUAUCAGUACUUGUUUCCACGGACUAGAAAUAAGUGUGAGACAUGCCGAGGUGUGCCUGGUCCUGAAUCUCCGAGGUCAGCACGGGUCUUGGAGAUGUUCCUGAAGUCUCUGCUCACUCAAGCGUGUUCGAUCACAGAGUCCAAGUGCAGCGGCGUGGUGUCCGUGGCGCACAUGAAGCAGUGCAUCGAGUCGGAGAAGCUCUUCCACUUCCUCAAAGACCUGGCGGAGCGAGCCUCGUUUCCGACGACACAGGAGGACAACAGGGGACUACACGUGUGGCCAAUGUACAGGGCCCAGCGACCCAGCGUCUUGCUCCAAAAAACAGCUGAAUCGAAAGAGAGUGCACCACGGCAAAGCCUGGACUCCAGCUCCAGUGAGUCGGAGCUCUUCAUCUGCUUGUGAGUCCACACGAUGCUUCCUCCUUUUUCAGACAACAUGAAGGGAAGUGUUAAUUAAGUUGGGAAACGUACAGCAGCCUUUUUAGUUUUGUUGAUUUUGUUUAAGUGCCGAGUAACACUUACUUUUUUUUUAAAAGUACAUUUUCUUUCGUGGUCUCUUUGUGCGUGUUUCAAACCCGUGGAGCUUUGUUUCAUGCCGCCGCACGUUGGAUGAAAAGAGAGGUCCUGCGGUCGAGAGAAGAAUAAAAAGAAGA